AUGGGGUCACUGUUUGGAACAAAGUUAUGUGAAGACCAGAAGCCACCUUUUGCACUUUCGGUAACGACUGCAACCAUAUCAGCCACCUUGAGCGUCAUCACGGUGCCCGGAAACUUGCUGAUUUGUUGGGCAAUCGUUAAAGAUCCAAACAAAGAACUAAAAGUGUCUUUCAAUUACCUGGUAUUUAAUCUUUCCAUUGCUGAUCUCAUCACUGGACUGAUAACAGAGCCUUUAUUCGUACUCUUUCAUGUCGGGGAAGCACAGAAUUACCAAGUCAUGAAACGUGUACAGAUUGUCCACAUUGCUUAUUUUAUAUCUUGUGCGGCUUCAAUACUCAGCAUUUCCGCUUUAGCAACAGAGAGAUACCUGACCGUUACCUCAAACUACAGACGAACUUACUCGCGCUCAAAAACCAUCACCGGAUCUGUUCUGAUAUGGAUUUUCUCCAUCGCUAUUUCAAAUGUUUACUUUGCCACUGGUUUCUAUACAUUUGUCUUUGUUUUUGCCAACACAACAAUCAUUGCCACUCUAGUGAUCAUAACGUAUGCGUACAUUCGAAUAUAUCGAAGCCUCCACGCCCAUGUUGAACGCGGGACAUUCUCACAGGACGACAGAUUCGCACAACAAAGGUUAAAGUAUGAGAAGAAGGCGACAAGAUCUUUUCUUCUCGUGCUCUUCGUUUUCGUCAUCUGCAACGUAACUUCAUGCGUCAUAAUCUACAUCAUCUUACUUUGUUACACAUGCAGCUGUGACGUCAUACACUGGCUGCGAGAUUUCCAGUUUCUGAUAGCCCUCAUCAACUGUGCUGCAAAUCAGUUUUUGUAUGCAUGGCGGAUGCCCCCGUUUGUCCGAGCCUUUAAAAAUCUAUUUUCUCGUGCUGUGGGUUGCGUCAGGCCAAAAAGGGUAGAAACUUGUACAGGUUCAGUAAGGCUUUCUUCACUGACGGCAUCUGACAGCACUUCGACAACAAACCAAUCAUUCCGUACAGAAAGUUUGUCUGGAGCACAGUCGUUGUGA